CAGUUCGCACCAAACUCUCAACGUGUUUUUAUUUACUUCGCCAAGUUAUUUGCAUAUCCUUCACUGCGUUCCACAUUUUUCCACGAAAAGCUAUCUUUUCUACCAAAUUUCACAUGGUUUUCAAGUAAGAAAGCCUCCAAAACCAUGAAAGUCAAAGUGAUCAGCCGCAAUCCGGACAACUACGUGCGGGAGACGAAGAAGGACAUCCACAAGGUGUUCCGGAACUACGACACGGCGCUGCAUCCCUUCGAGGGGGCUCGGGAAUACGUCCGGGCGCUGAAUGCCACCAAGCUGGAGCGGGUGUUUGCCAAACCGUUCGUGGGAAAUUUGGACGGGCACAAGGACGGCAUUUCCGCGCUGGGCAAGCAUCCGAAGAGUUUGUCGCUGCUGCUUAGUGGAUCGUACGAUGGCGAGGUCAAACUGUGGGAUGUCCCGAACCAGGAGUGCGUACAGAGCGUCAUGUGCCACAGUGGAUACGUGAGGGGAAUCGUGUUCUCCAAUGAUGGAUCAAGAUUUUUCACAAUCGGAGACGAUAAGGCGAUCAAAAUGUGGGACUCCGGAAUAGUGGACAGUGAGGAGGAUACACAUGAGCCGCUGAAUACGAUCCUGGGCAAGACGGUCAUCACGUCAAUUUCACACAACUAUGAGGAACCAUUCUUCGCGACCUGUGGCGAAACUUGCAACAUCUGGGACGAGACGCGUAAUUCGCCAAUCAAAACGCUCCAGUGGGGAGUGGACACUUUGUACGACGUGAAGUACAGUCCGGUGGAGACUUCCCUGCUGGCCGCUUGCUGUAGCGAUCGUGGCAUUGUGUUCUAUGAUCAGCGUGAGGUGAAACCUCUUCGUAAGAUCGUCAUGACCUUGAGACCCAACCAGUUGGCGUGGAAUCCCAUGCAGGCGUACUAUUUCACGGUGGCCAGCGAGGACUACAAUCUGUACACGUUCGAUACCCGGCGGUUGAAGAAUCCGUUGAAGAUCCAUGAUGGGCACACCUCGGCUGUGACUUGCGUAGAUUAUGCCCCGACUGGACGGGAGUUCGUGUCCGGAAGUUACGAUAAGACGAUCCGAAUCUUCGAGGCGCACAAGGCCAACAGCCGGGAGGUUUACCACACGAAACGGAUGCAGCACGUGACCUGCAUCGGGUGGUCCCUGGACAACAAGUACAUCUACUCCGGUUCGGACGAAAUGAACGUCCGAUUGUGGAAGGCUCGGGCCGCGGAGAAACUGGGAGCACUGCAGCCACGUGAGAAGCAAGCCUUCAAGUACAACGAAGCACUGAAGGAGAAGUUUGCCGCGCAUCCACAGAUUCGACGCAUUGCGCGCCACAGACAUGUGCCGAAGGUGGUCUACAACGAGCGGCGCAAGCAGCAGGAACAGAAGCAGAAGAUCAAACGGAAGGAGGAGAACGUGCGGAUGAACUCGAAAAAGGGCAAGGUGCCGUACGUGCCGGAAGCCAAGAAGAAGGUGCUGCGGGAGGAGCAUUGAGGAAGGUGGGUUUUGUAAUAUACCUUAUUUUCUUGGAUUAAAUAAAUUGGUUUAAAUGAUA